AUGAAGAGUGCCAUUUUGCGGGCUGCCGUUAAGCGAUGUUAUUCACUUCAAGUUGCAAAGCGUCAGAAAACAAUUCCUGACCUUUUGCAGAAAUACGACGCUAAGAGCCCUAUUUCCAUGAUCACAGCGUAUGACUAUAUAACUGCAACAUGGGCGCAAAAUGCUGGCACAGAUAUAAUAUUGGUCGGUGAUUCGCUUGCGAUGUCUACAUUGGGUCAUGAAUCGACUACAGAUCUUGAAUUCGAAGAGUUUAGAUACCAUUUAAAAUCAGUUUGCAAGGCUGAGGGAUCUGCAUUCAUAGUAUCAGAUGUACCAUACGGAAGUUUUGAAUCAAGUAUUGAAAAGGGUAUCCAAGCUGUUAUCGAUAUAAUGAAAACAUCUAGUAGAAUUGGGGCAGUUAAACUUGAAGUAGGGUCCCACGAGGAUGAUUACGGAUUGGAAUUGGCUAAGGAGAUAUGCAGAAGGGGUAUCCCACUUGUAGGUCAUGUUGGUUUGACUCCACAAAGGGUGCACAACAUGGGUGGUUUUAAAGUCCAGGGCUCUAAAAGUGUUAAACAAGCUUUAGCUGUUUAUCAGCGAGCCAAAGAUUUGCAAGAUGCUGGCUGCUUCUCCUUAGUUCUCGAAUGCGUGCCUCACCAAAUUGCUAAAGUCAUUACUGAAAAAUUAAGUAUUCCUACUAUUGGAAUUGGAGCAGGCCCUGGUACAAGUGGUCAGGUUCUGGUUGUUUCUGAUGUGCUGGGAAUGUUACCAGGAAGGAUACCUAAAUUUGUUAAUGCAUAUUCUAAUAUGAACGAGAUAGCUUUGAGUGCAAUUGAGAAGUAUAUAAACGAGAUGAAUACAUCAACUUUUCCUAAAAUCGGGGACCACACAUUUUCGGUCAAAGAUGAGCUAUUAGAAAAGUUUUUAAAGGGUAUUAAAUGA